AGGAUACAGGAGUCUUGACUGAUACAAUGUUUCUUCAAGUUCGCACAUCAUGAUGGUUGGCUGGUUAUGGUUAUGGUAGAAGAGGUCAAAUUGGCCUGUAAAUUGUGUAAAUAAUCUGGACAGCUCGCAACAAACAGGUACUUGCUGUAGAUGUAACAGUGGACGUUAAUGGCUGCAGCCGGACUCUACAAAUUAGAUGUGGGAGACAGUUACCCCGCCAAUUGUUUUCCCAUCCGACCAUUCUUUCAUCAACGAAAAGAAGGGGCGGGUCACUGGCUGGUUGCUCACAGAAAUGCAGUGGAACAUAAAUACAAGAAUGCACAAACUAAGAAAUCAGAGGGACACAGUUUUGCCUCAAACUCAAUUGUGUCUGAGUGCACACGGGUUGACAAGUCUGGGACAUCAGAUAUUCCUGGCUAUACAUUGGAUGCUCAUCUCCUGUUGUCAUUGCAUUGUGUGGACAAGCCAUCUGACCUGUGCUCUGUUGACAUCAGUGAGCAGAGAUUGCAUUUGAUCAAUACAGAAGAUUUACUAGAUUUUGAGAACGUUGCUUAUGUCAACGCAUCUGACAACAGUCUUACCAUAGAGCCUUUUGGUAAAUUCCCCUCCCUGAGGGAACUUGAGCUAUCCUUGAAUGGCCUCUGCAAUGUGACACUCAAUGCUGAGGAUUUCCCUCACCUGGAGGUGUUGGAUUUGGCCUACAACAAUCUGUCUGGUGAUGACAUCAUGUCCAUUGGUCUACUUCCCUGUCUGAAAGUCCUUCAUCUCACCGGGAAUCAGCUUCAGGCUCUUCCCCCCAACCUGGCAGCCCCUCGCCAUGGCCCCUCACAGCGGGCAAAGGAUAAUGGCAUGCGAUUUCAAACUCUUGAAGUGCUGAUGCUAGAUGACAAUAAGCUGUCCUCUGGUGUCUUCAGCAGCCUUGCCAACCUGAAAAGACUACAGCAUUUAAACCUGCAGGGGAAUCACAUCUCAGAGGUACCAGAGGUGUUGCCGAGGAACCUGCAACAGAAGGGAUAUUUGCAACACCAGCAGGUGUUUCACAAACAAAAUAGUGACGGACAGGACCUCGGGAAUCACUGUGUCUCUGAGGGGUUAGAGACUGAAUACAUGAAUGCCCUCUCCGAUGUUCCGAAACACCUGCAUGAACAUGUCAAGAACAGUUCAGAGGAUGAGUGUGGUCAAUCCAAAAACUAUAACCCCAUUCACAUAUCCCUUGACACUGAGGAAUUUUCUGGAGCAUACAGUUUGCCACUACCAGAGCUUUGUUUCCUCAAUCUGGCUGACAAUAAGAUUGUUGAGGAAGAAGCACUGUUGUCUGUGGCCCUGUUUCCUAUGCUCAGUGAGAUUGUUAUUCACUCCAACCCACUGACCACACAGAGAAGUGGUGACCCACCACUGCUGACAUACUUCCUCCAGGAAAGGUUGGGUAUUAGAAUUAGGCGCAAGAAGAUAUCAGAAGUUGUGAAGCCCCCUUUGAUAUUAUGUAUUGACUCAAAACGAAAGGUAAAAACGAAAAUUCCAAAGGUACCAAAGGUGCCUUUACUGAUUCUCCUUGAAGCACCUUGUAGUCCUGCCUUACAUGAUCCUGUCUCUCUGGAGGAGAAGCAUGUUGAAGAUCACUGUACGAGUCCUCUCUCAGUAGAGAGAAAGUCAACCGAAAAGUCUGGCUGUUCCUCACACGCAAUGGAUAUGGAAAAUAGACCGGAAUCUAUGGGAACUGCUCAUAGAGUUGAGGCAAUAGAUGAUGCAAUAGAAUCAUCAGAUGAUACUUUCCAACAUGCAGAGUCAUUCUUUGUGACCCAGGUGACAGAUUUACAUGAUGAAUCUGAAUACCAUCUGCUAUCUGACGAGACAGAAGAAGUCAAAGAGAUUGAGGAGAAAGAUGAGUCAAAUGCAAUUCUAGGAAAAUUCAGAGGCUUUGAAUUGCUAUUGGAUGCCAAGCCAGAUCCAGACAUGGUGGAGCCUGUUGGACUACAACAUGCUGUGAGAAUGUUGGAACAAAAACUCAAGAAUCUCCUCGUUUACAGAGAUUCCAAACCUAAUCUUGAUUGCCUGCAGAAACCAUAUAAAGAGAAGGAGAAAAGGAUUGUAAAUCUACCAUCUCUGAGACCAAGAAAGCAGAGAGGAGAAAGAGUUGAAGAGAUGCUCAUACAAAUAAAGGAGAGGAAAACAAUCAGCAAAAUCCCUCUAACCAAAGUCUUAGAAGGCAAGGGCUUCUUCAAGGAAGAGUAUGAAGAGGCUUUGACUUUGCUGAGGGAUAUGAAGAAAAGGUACAAGAUGGUUCACAUGAAGGCAGUGGAGCAAGCAACACGUACUGAGUGUGAGAGGACCACCAACCACAAGUAGAGAAUCACAAACUUUGUUACUUUCAUGAAAUAUGAACAUUAAACAAUUAACCAAA